AUGGCCAUCCUGCAGUCUCAGCAGGCACCGGGCGCUCAGCCGCAGGUAAUAGAGGCCUAUAAGCAAGGCCUGAGACCAGCCGUUGGCUAUGAGCUCAACCCUUGGCUGCUGCGCCUCUCCAACUAUCGGGCCUGGAAGGCUGGAUAUAACGGGAAGGUUUCCUUCCUGAAGCAAGAUCUGUGGAAGGUGAAUCUUUCUGAUUGCUACAAUGUGACUGUGUUCCUGGCUCCCAGUGUGAAACCUCCCCUAGCUGCCAAGCUCCUUGCAGAACUGCCAGAUGAGGCCCGAGUGGUGGCUGGACGCUUCCCCUUCCCAUCCUGGACUCCAGCCAGCACCAUUGGCGAGGGGCUGGAUCAAGUCUGGGCCUAUGACAUGAAGGAGGUGCGGCAAGCAGCACAGACCAGUGCGGAGGGAAGCUCAGUCUAACGGGCAGCUCAUUUAGAGCCUGGCCUUUUAAGGGUCACCAGCUAAGGGGCAGGGAUCGGAGACGCUGUCUGAGCCUCUCCAAACCAGUGGUCUCAGCUCAGUGGCCCAAGAUAGCAGUGAAUGGGGGUGUGAGAGCAAUGCUUUGCCAGACUCGCCUGGAGACUCGCAGGAUCACAGGCCCUCCUUGUUUUCCAAAGUCUGGUCAGUUUAGGAGAAUGAAGGAGGGAAUCAAAUCUAGAAAUCCUAGAGUUACCACAGGCUUUAAGGGCUAAAUCUUCAGUGCCUCUUUCUUUAUGUUUGUUAGUUUAUUUUUGAUUAAUUUUUCACAAUAAAUACUUGGACGGUU